AUGGGUAUUUCUAGAGAUUCACGUCACAAAAGAGCAGCCACUGGUGCCAAAAGAGCUCAAUUUAGAAAAAAGAGAAAAUUCGAAUUAGGUAGACAAUCAGCAAAUACCAAAAUUGGCACCAAAAGAAUUCAUACAGUUAGAACCAGAGGUGGUAACCAAAAAUUCAGAGGUUUAAGAAUUGAAACUGGUAACUUUUCAUGGGGUUCAGAAGGUAUUUCAAGAAAAACAAGAAUUGCAUCUGUUGUUUACCAUCCAUCAAAUAAUGAAUUAGUUAGAACUAAUACUUUAACCAAAUCAGCUGUUGUUCAAAUUGAUGCUACUCCUUUUAGACAAUGGUACGAAAAUCAUUACGGUGCCACUUUAGGUAAAAAGAAACAUCAACCAAAAGCUGAAACUACUGAAGAAUCAGACGUUAAAAGAUCAAAAAAAUUAGAAAGAAAAUUAGCUGGCAGAUCAAGUCAAGCUCAAAUUGAACAAGCUGUUGAUUCACAAUUCGGUGCUGGUAGAUUAUAUGCUGUUAUCUCAUCAAGACCUGGUCAAUCAGGUAGAUGUGAUGGUUACAUCUUAGAAGGUGAAGAAUUAGCUUUCUACUUAAGAAGAUUAACAGCUAAAAAAUAG